CAUAGACUCAGUCGUAAACGACCCACCAGAAGAUCAGCAUGGAUCAUAAGGCAGAAGAAAAGAAAAUCAAUAAAGUUAAAUGGCCUCAAUGGAUAGCCGGUAUCGGAGUCAGUCUCCUAUUACUGCAAAUAGGAAUGAUGAUGGCUUGGAGCUCACCGUACGUCGCUCGUCUAACUUCGCCCGAAUCCCAGAUACCUAUGACAAUGGACAUGGCAUCCUGGGUAGUUUCUCUUAUAAACCUAGGCAGACUAAUUGGCGCCGUCUCUGGUGCUAUCACUGUAAACUACUUCGGAACCAAAAGAACGAUACUCAUCACUAGUUUGCCAAUGGCUCUCUGCUGGCUCUUUAUAAUCGUGGCUAAUCGAGUGGAAUGGUUAUACGUGUCUAGAUUUCUUGGCGGUAUCGGUAUUGGGAAAACAUAUGGCAGCUUUUCGCUUUAUCUAGGCGAGAUCGCAGACCCCAGCAUCCGGGGAGCUCUAGUUGUUUUAGCUAUGAGCGGAUUAUCAAUAGGCAACCUAAUAAUGUGCAUCAUGGGCGCAUAUUUAAGCAUGGAAGUCUCUGCCGGCAUAUCACUCGGCCUUUGCAUUAUACUAAUGGUUAUUUUCAUCUGGUUGCCAGAAUCGCCGCAUCAUUUCGUCAAGGUGAAAGCAGAAGAUAAAGCGCGAACGUCUCUACUUUGGUAUCAUCGUGAUUGUGACGUGGAAUCUGAACUGGAAGCUCUGAAGAAGUUCAUUGAAACGUAUAAUAACCUGCCUUUUGUAGAUGUUAUAAAAGAAUUCAGAUAUACGCAUAUCUGGAAAGCACUGAUUCUUGUGUUUGUGCUCUUCAUGUACAGUCAAAUGUGCGGUAUGAACAAUGUAUUGUUCUACAUGGAGACUCUUCUGCGAAAAGCACAAGUAACCGUCAUAGAUCCGGCAACUAUCGUGAUCAUCACCACUGCUACUGGAAUCGUCAGUUCCCUGUUGUCCAUGCUUUUGAUCGACAACUUCGGCAGACGUAUUAUGAUGAUAAUUUCCAGUUUAAACAUAACGCUCUCGAUAAUCUGCUUGAGCACGGCGUUUCAACUUCUUGACGUGGGCUACAAUCCUGCCGAUAUUCAGGCUCUACCAAUCUUUUCGGUGUUAUAUUUUCAGGUAUCCGUCUUCAUGGGCAUUCUUUCGAUACCCACCACAGUACUAGGCGAAAUCUUCCCGCCGCACAUUAAAUGCAUAGCUGGCUGUCUCAGCAGCAUCGUGUCUGGAGUCUGCGCAUUCAUUUCCACAUCGACUUAUCAACCUUUGAUAAAUCUAGUCUCGGAGAAAUAUGUCUUUUACAUAUACUCUGUGCUACUGAUAACCGCUGUACCGUUUACUAUUUUCUGUAUGCCUGAGACCAAGGGCAAAACGUUACAACAAAUCCAAGACGAUUUGAUGAAAAAAGAUUGAAUCGAUUCGAAUACGUUUAUUCUGACAAUAUAUAGAAAAUUCAUGAUAGACGAUAACUCAAUUUCUCGCGUUCGUUGAGAAAAAUUUUUCAUGAUCGGUGCCAAGUAACGUUGCCGCGACGAUUAACGGUUUGAUAAAUUGCAAUCUGCUGCGGUAUUUUUGCUCUAUGCAGUCGUUUCAUGUACAACGAUUUCAUCUACACGUAAGAUGAUUCUAUUAUAACGUUAUCAUCUGUUAUAAAUAUCUCUGCUCGCACGAUUGACUUCUGAGCAAUACCUUUAAUAUCUCAUCAGUAUAUGAAUGCCAAGUUUGUAUUUUUAUGUAUACAGAUAGGCUUUUUACAUGCCGAUAAAAAUAUAUAUAUUUUUUCUAA